UUCGAAAUAAUCUUGAACAUUUGGCGGUGUUGCUUGCUUGCACAACCAUAACACAAUAGAUAUAGAUAGCUAUCUUCUGUAGAUAACGUGGAUCAUGGCACCGUACUAUAUGACGCGAUUUUCUCUGUUUGCAGUCAACUUCCUUACGAUAUGGGCAAUUGCGGACCUACUCCAAAUCAGUGAUGCAAGCAAUACGAAUGACAACAUAGACAACUUCCGCCCAGAAAUGAUCGCUCAAAUUCCCCGCAAGCAAAGUGGACAGACAGGUCUCAAGCCCUUUCCUAAGAUUGUGCCAGACAAUGGAAUGUUCCACUUUGUACUUAAAGAUAUCGCACAAGAGCUCGUUCAUCUCUUGGAGGAGCAGGGUCUCAGCCUCAGCGGCACACACAAGGAUGCGAUCCAUGACAAACUUGAAAGCAUCUAUGACAGGAGCAAAGACCAUCCUGCUCUGGAAAGCGAUAUAAUUGCCUACUCGCCGAAAAAGCCCGACUUCCACAGAUACACUCCGGACUCCGUGCUCAGGACCCGUGCACAGGAAAGACGAGAAAAGCGAGCAUAUCGCGGGGAGAUUCACGAGUUGUGCCAGAGUGAGGAAAGAUGGGAGAGCAUGGUCACGGCCAAUUUGAGGAACCAUACCCUAGUCAAGGUUCUCCCAGGCUUCGAGUUCCACAUGAGGGCGUGCACCUGGUUCAGCGAAGAUGAACCAUGUCUUGGCAUGAGCCCCGGCUUCGGUGAAACUUCGUGUCAGACUACGGGGACUUGGGUUCGAGCUUUGGUGUGCGGUGGUUGCAACUUCAACGUCGACCCCAACUGUAACGACAGGUGUCCUAAUGUCCGCGAUCUAUACCACUGGGAAUGGGUGUAUACCCCCACCUGUUGCAAAUGCGCUUACACGUUAUUUUAGAUUCAAUAUUUAGUAAUGACCACUGACCUUGAAUAUUUCUUACUGUCCUCAUGGACACUGUUUAAAAUUUUGCGGGACCCUAGUGCAAAUUUUCUAGAAGUUUGCUUUCACUAUUAAAAUUCGUGGUAUCAAUUGUGAAUGACCUCCCACAACCUGAACGUAGAAAGAAACUUAAUUUGGUUUUAAAAAGACCUCCUUAAAAAUAUUUUCUUUAUACAUUCCGAGCACCUAUUGUAUGUCAGAAAAAAACAAUUCUGAUAAUGGUGUGAUACCAUAAUACGAUACUGUUAAACAUAAAAAGAAACUUUCACUCCAUUACAGAUUCAGCAAUGGUUUACCAAGGAAAUGUCAACGAAUUUCCCUAAUCCCUUCCCUCACAAAUGUAAUCUUUUUUCCAGGUACGCCCUCUACCCACCCGAAUAAAACCCCAACGCAUUUUAAGCAACUGCAAUCUCCAUGCUAAUAUAUUCAUGCGUGCACAUCACACAUUCUCAGCAAGGCAGAUGCGACCCACCGCAAAACUACUGCUAAUUAUGUGAUAUGUAUCUAACCUUUUCAUAUUCCCAGAAUAACACGGGGGGGGGAUUUUGUAUUCUUGAUGUCUUUUUAGUUUGUGAAUGACACAAAACUUAACUGCUGUUUGAAUAAAGUUGAUUAGUUGAUUAAAGUUCCAUUUUUGGCUGGCUAUCUGUAUAACGUAGACUCCAUAAAGAAUUAGCGACCAAAUACAAGUUUUGAAACAGAAUUUUAUGUCUUUUCUUUGACUUUAUUUUUCUACGAAUGACGCUUUGAUUAUCAUGA